ACGGCAUUGCUAGAAGUCCUCCUAGCCACGGGAUUGUUGCCAUUUACUGGAGAGUCAAUCCGUUUUCUCGGGAAACAACUGCUCGGUGUGAAAGACGGACGGAUUCCAGGUCCGUUCCGACGUCUACAACACACAGCAAUAAUAAUCUGAUAAUCCCCAGACUCCCAAAUUGAGGGAAUUGAGCGGGACCAUUGGGACUUAUAGGGUAUAUUUUUGUUGCUUCUGCGCAGAAGUAGCAAAGUGUCGUAUUAUACACAUUUGUAUUGCGGAGCAAACGGAUUGGAUGCAUAAAACGCUCAGUUAUUCAGAGCGCUGUUGUUUUGGGGACUUGUCAUUGAGGCAUCAAACAGGAGGGGGUUGAAUAGACGAACUGGAUUCAACGCUCGGGAUGCGUCUGUUAUAGCGGGAUCUCUUGCCCUGAAAACGGUUGUUUUCUGAACUUAUCCGUCUCGGCCCCCUCGUCGAGCGGUUUCUCACGACUUUUCGAUCUGCAGAGUCCGACAGAGAGUCUCACUGCUCUUUGAGCAUCUGUUCGCAAUUACACGGGCUUUGGAUGUGAUCUAGAUACCUGGCUGUACUCAACUCUUCCCUCGGCAUAUUCUCGCAUUUAUCGCGCAACAACUGCAGACGUUGCGUUAAGUGCAGUUUUAUUAACAGUUGAUCGAAAGCACACUGCAUUCUCGUCGAUUUCUGUCGUAUUGUGAAGGGCUGGACUGAAGUGGAUUCUGUCGAAGUUGCAUGAAUUACCGAAUCGCUCGUUGCAGAUCGCAGUAUCAGAUCGGAUAUUUGGCGCAAGGCGUAAAGUGCGAUGGCGAUGUUGGCGACUUUUUGGAUACUUCUGCUGGUCGCUUUUAACGCUCCAGCAGGCAACGGGCAGUCGGUGCAGACAGACCCCAGUAAGUCUGGAUUUGUGGGAGAUACGGUCGAGCUGCGCUGUCUCUUCAUCAACAGUAAGCCACCGGUGAAGAUCUCUCAGGUCACCUGGCAAAAGCUCAUAAAUGGCACCAAACAAAAUGUUGCCACUGCUAACCCAGCCCUUGGAGUAUCAGUUUUAGCCCCUUUCAAAGAACGUGUGAGCUUUAAGCAUCCCGCCGUACGCCAGAGGACCCCCUCUUCUCUCGAGGACACCACCAUUGUGUUCAACAGCCUACGGCUUUCUGAUGAGGCGGCCUAUAUCUGCGAGUACACCACCUUCCCAGCAGGCAACAGAGAGAACACGGUCAACCUCACCGUCUUUGCACGACCGGUAACCAAGAUGACUUUGUCCUCACCCACCAUCAUUGCACGGAUGCCAAAGCGCAAGAUGCCCGUGGCCACCUGCAUGUCGGCUAACGGCAAGCCUCCCAGUGUCAUCAAAUGGGAUACUACCAUGAAGGGCGAGGCCACGUUUCAGGAAACACGCAAUCCCAAUGGCACCGUCACCGUGCGCAGCAACUACAUCGUAAUCCCCAGCCGCGAGACCCACCGGCAGAAGCUCACCUGUAUCGUCACCUACCGCGCAGAGCGCUUUACUGACAGCGUCAUACUCAACGUCCAGUAUGAACCAGAGGUGAAGAUCGAGGGUUUCGACAGUAACUGGUACCUUAACCGCCAAAACGUGCAGCUCACGUGCAACGCAGAUGCCAACCCAGCCGUCACUGUGUACCAGUGGAAAUUGCUCAAUGGAUCUCUUCCCAACAAUAUUGAAAUCAAGAAUAACACACUGUUCUUCAAAGGCCCUGUGACCUAUGAGCUUGGGGGAACGUACGUCUGUGAUGCAACCAAUAGCCUCGGCACACGCUCUGGAUUGGUUGAGGUCAACAUAACGGAAAAGCCAAUGGCACUGGGAUCUCCUGGCGGUAUUUUUGGCAUCUUAGGAGUGGUGGUGGUGGGUGGGCUGAUUGUUGGAGUGGCGGUCACAAUCUGUAUGGUGUAUAGGAGAGGACAGAAGCCCCGUACAGAGACGGACAACGAUCUGACGGACCUCCCACCUGCUCACAAGCCAGCCCCUCCGCCACCCAACAAAAAGGGAAGUGACAUGAAAGGAGGCCUGACAUCUGAUGAGAUCCAGGUUGUUCAUCUGGACAAGGAGGAUGAGAUACAGAAGAUUUCUAUCCAGCCCCCAUACUAUGACAUGGCACAGUCUGAGUCCACUGCGUUUACAGAUAAGCCGAACUCUGGGAACAAAGAGCUACCGAACCCAGCUGACUAUAUGAGCCACCAUCAACCAGGCAACCAGGCACAAUUUGUUGAGCUUCCACCCCCCACUGCCUACCCACCUGUUACCCUCCUACCCCAAAACGCAUACACUCAGCACCCUACUAAUACCCCUAUGUACACCUUCCAGCCCAACGCUGCCCCUCCUGCCCCUCGUCCCCCAUUUAACUACCCCAAGGAGCAGUCUGUCUAGACCCAAGACCCUCCGAGCUGGAAGAAGCCCCUGUGACAGCACUGUUUCCCCAACAAGUCACACCUGAAGAGAAUGGCACUUCCUUCCUCUUUGCUGUUGUCCUGCGCUGGCCACAUCAGGAUGCGGGCGGUCUCUCGGAACAAUGAAAUAAUGUGUCAGUAGUUUGUGGACCUGAAACCGUGUGUGUUGUGCACUGCAUGUUUCACUAUGAGGCUGUGGUUAGGAUCCCUUAGUCUUGUGUUGUAAUUAUAGAGACAACGCACCACCAAAUAGACACCACUCCCCUCACAACAGCACACCUCACUUCUCCUGAACACAGGGUAUCAGCCUUCGCUUUGCCUGAGUCUUACUUUAGAACUUUCCUUCUUUUUUGAUUCCAUUCUGCCAAGUAUCUGGCCAUUUGCCGUAUUUGAAGGAGCAGUUUACCCAAAAAGAAUAAUUCUGUCUCCAGGUGUGACUUUAUUCACGCACAUGUCGUUCCAAACUCAUGUGAUGUUAUUUUUUCUUUUUUCUUUCUGUGCAACUCAAAAGAAGCAUACAAGGACAUAUUAUAUUCCAAGUCCUCUUUUUAAGGUUUUUAAGUAAUUAUUCAAUGAAUAUUUCCCCCUCCAACUAAGCUUUGUAAUUACAUUUGUAUUCAGAUUCAAAUGGCAUAGACAUGCCAUUUUUGCAAAUUGGAAUAUGUGGAACAGAGACGUGGCAUAUUUCGCCAGUUUAUACAUGCGUAGUUCAGAAUGAGAUGCAGCACGAGUAGAUACUGGGUGAAUUACAACUUAAAGAAAUAUCCUGCGUAUAGUACAAGUUACGCUCAAUCGACAGCAUUGUGAAUACCACCAAAAAUUAUUUUGACUUGUUACGCCUUUUCUUUAGAAAAAGCAAAAAUCUUGGUUAUAGUGAGGCAAAAAGUGAAUGGAGCCAAUUUGUAAACGUUAAAAUACUCACUGUUUUGAAAGUGUAGCCACAGGCCAUAAACAACAUGUGCGUUAACAUAAUUUUUGUGUUAUAAAAUUACUUACCAACCAUUUUGGUGUAAAGUUAACCGCUCCACACAGGGUUAUUGUGUUACAUUGUCAUUGCAACGAUGUUGUAAAAUUGGAUUUAACUUUACACCAAAAUGGUUGGUAAAUGGUUGGCAAGCCGGUUCUCGCCUCCUCCUUGCUGGGCUUUUGGCACCAAUGUAACACUGUUAAGGAUGGGCAAGGAGGAGGUGAGAACCGGCUUGUCAACAUAAAUCAUAAUUUAAUGCAGACUUAAACCAAAAGCACAUAAACAUAAACACACACACACACACACACACACACACACACACACACAACGGACAUGCCCGUAAUUCUCUCUCUCUCGAACCAUCGUCACCGGCCGCCUUUAUCCCUCGCGUUGGGGACCGGGCGCGCGAUAUUCCGACCCGGCCCCGCCCCCCUCCGCUCCACACCCUGUAAUCCCGGUCAUUUAGUAAUCCACCACAAAAAUCAUAAAUAAUACACAAAUUCUACAGCUUUUCAUAAAUGUAUAAGCUUCACAUUUCUGCUUUAAACACUCCAAGAAUUGUCCCCAUUCACUUCCAUUGCAAAUGUCUCGCUUUUUUUUUUAAGAAAAGAGGGACAAAUCGAAAUUAUUUUUGUGGUAAUAAAGAUUGUGCCACAAAUGCUGUAGAUUGAGUUUAACUAGUACUGAACCCAGAAUAUUCCUUUAAAUUUCAAUCCUCAAACAAAGCUAAAACAAAGUGUGGCUUCAGAAGAUACGGAAUAUAGUGCGUCAUAAGGGUAUUCGGGUACUUUUAUGGUGUUUUAUGAACUUUUUGGAGAUUGACGGGUGUGGUCACUAUGAACUUUUCACGUAUGAAAAAGAGCUGCAUGAAGAUUACUCAAUAAGUUUAAUUUUGUGUUAUAUGGUAGAAAUAAUAGCAUAUGGAUUUGGAACAACACGAGGUUGAAUAAAUAAUGUCAGAAUCACAUUUUUGGGGUAAACUGUCGCCUUUUGUUUCUUUUGUUCCCUUUCAUUAUUCUAAAGAGAUAUUUACGUUUAAUCAGUUGUUACACAUUUGUGUGUUACUCUCAUUCUUCUCCCUUACAGAUUUAUUUGCUUGCUUCUUGUUGUACAUGCUUGAGUUGAGUAACAGUGAAAGUUAAUAACAUGUUUAUUAAUCUCAUGAUAUUCUGUCAAAGUAAUGACAUGUCCCAUGCCCGCAACCAUCAUACUAUGAAUCUGCUAUUUAACUGUAUUUUAUGGAUACAUUGGCAGUGCCCGUCUUGCUCUGAGAUAUCUGAAUUGUAUCAAAAGGCAUCAGUAUAAUAUUCAUUCAUUAAAAUCUGAAAUGUGAAUGUUCCCUUUGCUCUAAAUGAAAAAUGAAAGGGCUCUAUUUCACAUCUGCUCAUAAGAAAUUCUCAAGAAAAAUCUUUUAUUUUUGGUAACUCUUUCAUCUUGUUUUGCUUGUAGUUACCAGAGAAAUAGAGCAGUCCACAUUUGCUUUCACACAAAUGUUUACAUUUGGUAUUAUGAAAGUAUUAGAUGAAAAAAUGGAAACUAUCUGCAGAUAAUCACUGUUUUCAUGCAUCGGUUUAUUUCUUUUAUGAUUUUAUGAUAAAAGACAAAUAUUUAUAUUAUUUUGAUGCUGCGAUUAUACUCGUUGUCCUUAAAAAACCUGUUUUCAUACAGACCACAUCUUUCAUUUGAAUCUAUGUAUAGUCAUAAUGCUUUUGGUUUAGUUUGACUCAUUGACCUCUACACAAAACAUUUUCAGGGACAAUCCACUAUUUCCUGCUCGUUAAGCUAUUUUUUAAAGGAAUGCAUAUGUUGAUGUAUUUUUUGAGAGAAUGUUCCCUAAUAUGCUGUUAACCUUCUCCUAAAACAUAUUCAGCAUCAUAAUCAGUCCUAGAGGGGCCAAUAGAAAACACUGCAGCACUUUUAAUAACCUUAACCAAUCCUCUUCAAAGAAUGACAUCAUCUCAUGUGACAAGAAUGAUGCUCGUGUUGUUAGGCCAUGUCAAAUGUACAUGCUGGAAAAGCAAAAAAGUUUGAAAAAAUAUUUGUGCUCAAUGUUUGUGGUCAAUGUGAAAGUUAAAAUUGAUAAAAGAGAAACCCUUAGAGUUGUUUGGGAUUGGUUUUCAAAAUGUAUGUUUUGCAGUGGUUUUUGGGCUAUAGGUUACAAUAUGUAAAUCUACCUACUGUGCACACCUUUUUGUCUGGCAUUGAUUUCUGUGUGUACUAGUGUAGGAUUAGAGUCAUCUGUGGUUCCCGGGUCGCAUUGAUGGAAAUAAAUACCUGUCCCCAUGUCACAUUUCUGAUUAUUACUGCCACUUUAUUUUGAUCACUGAAUCUCUUGCAUCACUUGUCAAUAGUUGCAUUUUUGUUGUCCUACAGCCUCUGAUAAUUUGAAGUUGUAAAUUAUGUUUUCUUUUAAAAUUGUGAUAUUAUUUCACUUAAUUUCUAUGUUUGCGAUCCUGAAGAUUUUGUUUUAUACACGUGAACUGUAGCGUUUUGUUAAUAUUUUCUAACACAUGCGAUGUAUACAAUAUAUGUUCAUGUUGGUAAAAGGAAAAUCAUUGUCCGAGUCAUUGUGAAAAAAAUGAACUCUGAGUCAUUGUAUGUGUCACUUCCAUAUGUAAAGCAUUUUGACUUUUUUGUCUUUUUUACAUGGGGAUUAUGUUUAGUGUAAAGAUUAACUUUAUGUACCAGAUGUGUGAAAAAACCUCAUGCAGAUGAACA